AUGAAUUCGUCUAAGUGGAAAGUGAAGCUGGACGAUGUAAUUAUUCCUCCUCAAUUUAAGGAGAUCCUAGAUUAUAGAGCAUUAAUUCCAAAAUUAAUACCGGAUCAUAUUCCAGAAUUAGUUGAAAAAACAGUUGAAACAUUUCACAAACAAAAUGCCAUGAUUAUUGCAAAUGAAAUGGUAAACUCGUAUGAAAUGUUCAUAAAAUAUCGAAAAGAAAUAGUAGAUUUCAUAGUUUUGUAUGGUCAAACAGUAGAUAAUUCAAUUUUUGAAGUUUUUUUCGAUUUACCGACACCACGAAUCCACAGACUUUUAUAUAAAGCUGGAGUUCUUCCAAAAGAGCAAAUAUAUUUCCUUAAAGACCCAGAAAUAACAUUAACUUUUUUUAUUGAACAGUUAGGCGCAAAUUAUCUAUUACAAAAGCAAUGCGGAUACUCAUUAAAGCAAGUUUCAGACUAUAUUUACAAAAAAGAUUUUGACUCAAUUUAUAAUAUCACAGAAUACGGUUAUGUAAAAGAUUCUCCAGGAUAUUAUAUUGUUUUUGAUGAUGUAGAUAACUUUAUUAAGUCUGUUUCGGGUAUAUCUAAUCUCCAAACCUGUACAUUUCCAGUAACUUCAUUUCAAGGCUUCGACUCUCCAACAGAAACAAUUUUAGACAUUGCAGCUUAUCAUGGAGCAUUGAAAUGCCUUAAUUACCUAUUCAGUCUUGGAUUUGUUCCAACAUCUCAUACAUUUGAAUUUUCUAUUCUCUCUGGAAACUUCGAUGUUGUGCAAUUGGUAUAUAGUAAAGGUUCUAACUUCGAUCCCUUAGUCCAUUUGAACGUAUCUGCUUCAGUUCAAGAUAUAAGAUUAUUUGACUGGAUUUGUUCGUUCAAUCCGGCCAUCACUGAUCCAUACUCCGAGGCUGGCCCAUUCAUGCAUGCAAUCAGUGUCGGAAAUUAUCAAAUCUGCUUCUGGAUUUUACAAAAUUUCCCAAUCGACCGUACCAGUGUUGUUUUCGACCUCGUAAACCAAGCAGCAGGUUACAAUGAGUUCAGAAUGAUAGAUUAUAUCCUUGAUUUGUGUAAUGUGAAGUUAUCUGAUCCGAUCAACGAAAAAAAGGCCAUUUUCGGGGAAGAACUCCUGUUACACGUGGCCCAGAGAUGCGGUACAUCCAUGAUCCAAUGGUUACUUGACAGAGGAGUCAACAUAAAUUGCAGAGGAAGUGAAAACGUGACACCUUUACAAAAUGCAGUUUCCGAUGCCGAUUUUCGAGUCAUAAAAUAUCUUGUAGAGCAUGGCGCCGAGAUAAAUACCAUGGAUAAUAACCAUUAUUCGCCAUUAUGGAAUGCGAUCGGGCGAAUUGACUCGGACAUCGCUAACUACUUGCUAGAACGAGGUGCCGACCCUAAUGUUGUCCCACAAGAAAGAGUUUCCUGCUUACAUAUUGCUGCUGCUCAUAAUAUGAUUGAUACAGUGAAACUACUGCUUGAAAAAGGAGCUCUUAUUGAUCCUUGUGACUCCGACGGCAAGACGCCCUUGAAUUUGGCCGCUGGAACUGGAAGGUACCAAAUUUGUAAAAUUUUGUUGGACCACGGUGCCAAUGUAAACUCUCGCGACCUUAUAGGAAUGACCCCUUAUAUCAACGCUACAUGGAACAAGAACGAGAAAUGCGCAAAACUCUUCUUUGAACACGGAGUUCCACUUAGAUCUGUAAAAGACUGCCAGAUGAUAGCUGAAGAGGACUCUAGAACUGAUAAUUUGUCUUCUGACUUUGGUUGGGAUUCAAGUGAUGAAGAAUUCGCAAAUAAUUAUCAUGAAUGA